AUGCCGCCUAUUGAUGAGAAGGUGCGAAUCUGUCUUCUGUACGAGUAUAGGCUAGGAAGUAUUGCCGAAGUGGCAUCCUACAAUUUGAACAAAGUAUUCGGUCCUGGUGCUAUUUCACUAUUCUCUGUGACCCAUUACUAUGCCAAAUUCCGGCGAGGAGACACGAAUUUGGAAGUGAAACAAAGGGGAAAGUACACGAUGGUGGACCCGGACAUCGUGCAGGCUAUGGUCGAAAGGGACCCAACGUUGACGUGUCGAAAAAUAGCGAAGGUGUUUGGAGUGAACCCAACGACGAUAUCCAGACUACUGAGAAAGAUGAAGAAAGGCGCGGUGUUGCCGAAGUACAAUCAUAAGGCUGUUCCCGCCGAGAAACUUCUUGAAGAGCCAAGUUCCAAUUGUCAGGAAGAGUCGCAAGGGCUUCCAAGGCCAGUUCCCGCUGAGAGACUACUUGUAACGCCGAGUUCCCACCAAGUCGUAGAGUCACCCAGGAUUCCGGAGCAUGUAUCGAGACAUCUCCGCGAAGAAAUUGGUGCAGGCCUGAACACAAGAGAGAGUGACACGGAUUCCUCUUCGCGAAAUACUUUGGACAGACGACGAAGGGCUGAAGAUGAAGCCUGCGUUAUGGUUAAGAUGCCAAAUUCCGAUGGGGAAUCCAAGAAAGAAAUUGUUGUGGCCACGGAAAACUUUGAUCAUGAUCAGCUGCGGCUUUUCGAGGAAGAUGGUAUUGAGGGACAAAUUUUCAAACUUCACUAA